UAACCUCACCAUGACCGAAGAUUUUGUUGAGUCAGUUCUGCGCUGUGGUUUAUACCUUGGAGCCAUAUUCCAGCUAAUAUGUAUCGCAGCUGCAGUUGUUAUGCCUGAUAAAAUGUGUGAUUCUAAUUCCAGCUACUGUAAGGAACUGGAGCUUAGUGAUGAUGAAGGAUCUGAUCACAGCACACCACAAACCACACCUCGUCGUCCAUAUGCUCACCAUCGACCUAGAAAGCAAGAAAAGAAGAAACGCAGAUAAUUUUUAUGGCACCAAUGUCUCCUUGAAAAAAAUGUGUGAAUAGCAAUCAGGAGGAAUACCAUUUCUGCUUUACGUAGUUAUUUAUAAAAUUAUAAUAAGCCAGAAAUUGUUAUUCUCUGUAACAUCUUGGAAAUAUGUGGUUACUAAUUUGUGAUGUAGAUAGGAUUUGAGGUCCUCACAGUGGUAAAUACAAAGAUGGCUGCCAUCUGGGUUGCAGCAGCAUGUAGUCUGGUAGACGAGUACCCAUCACCCUGAUGAUGGAGGCAGCAGGACCUCUGAAACAUUUGUAAACUUCUCCCAGACUACAAGGCACAACAAUCAAGAAGACAGCCAUGUUUUCAGUGCGUAUCAGGAAAUGUAUUCUAUGGGUUAUAACAUUCCUUCUCCAUUCAGUAUGUUUUGAUUACUGUGUCGGGUGUGGAUCUCUCUAUGUCUUACCCGACGUGAUUAACUUCCAUUCUUCUGUAUGGACAUCCAUACCAUCUGGUGUUAAUUUUUUAUUAUUUACUGUACUAUGUAACAUAUAAAAUUAUUAUUUCAUUCAUACUUUUACCUUUUGGUCUCACUUUGCUAUUUUUAAAUCUCAUUUCUGUUGUGUUUGGUUGAUAAAGGCUGUGGAUGAUUCAUAGCAUCUUUAAGAAAGAAAGGAAGGAAAAAAGGUCUCUCUUGUAAGUCAGUUUCUGUGAAAUUUGUAGUAAAUCCUAUAACACUGGACUUGGAAAUAAAUGGCUUAAAGACUUU